AUGAAUUCUUAAGCACAAUCUAAAUUGGAGAAUAAAAAAUAGAUUCACUUUUCUCGUCCUUCUUCUAGAAAUAAUAGUUUUCUACCUGAAAUUAUUUAGACACCAUCAUAAAAUUAAUUUCAAAAACAACAAACCAAUUCUAUAUUCAACUCUUCAAAAGGAAUUGAUUAAUUAAACUUAUUCAAAAUUGGAUAGGUUGAAUCAAAUAUUGAUUAAUUUACAUCACGUAUGGAAAUUUAACGUAAAGAACUCAUUAGAGAAAUAUUUAGAUAAGAUAAAAAACAUACUUAACUUAAACCAUUAAUUAAAUAAUAAGAAUCAACUCAUAGAAACAAAAUUAAAAAAGAUGAUUUAAUUGAAGAUUAACAAACACAAUUAAAAAGCAUUCUUAAAAGAAAAAGCUCAAAUAGUAGAGAACAUACUGAUAUUUUUGAUUUCUUUGAGUUAGAUAAUUAGGAUUUAAAAUAAUAAUAAAAACCAAAUCUCAAUAGAUUAAAACAUACCAAAUAAGUUUCUCUUCAACCAAUAGAAAAAGAUGACUAUUCUCCUAAUCCUCCAUUAAAUUAGGGAAAGAAAAUUGUUUCUUUUAAUAAAUAAAUUUAAAUUAAAGUUAUCGAUCCUAAUGAAGAAAAACCUAAAUCUAAUUAAAAAACAUUUAGAAGAAUGUACACUGUUGCAGAUCUUCUAGAUAAGUCAUGA